AUGGAUAGCAGAAUAAAUAAACACUUCCAAUUCUUAAAUAUCUUAAAAUACAGAAAGUAAAAAUAAAAAUUACUAAUAUUUUUAUAAUUAUAUUUAUUAAAUUUUUAAGUUUACCCAAAAUAUAAUUAAUAAACUAACUACUAUUAAGAAUUUUGGAAAACAUACUUAAUGAAUGAAAUGAUGAUUUCUAAAAUAAAUGAACUAUCAACUGAUAAUUAAGUGCUAGAUUCAAAACUAAACGAAUUAGAAGUAAUAUUAAAGUUAUAAUAUACUAAAUUUGUAUAACAUUUAAAAAAAGAAUACUAAAAAUUAAUUUGCAUGAAAAAUAAAAAAAAAAACAGAAGAACUUCGAAUGAAAUAGAAAAAAGCUAAAUUUGUCCCUAUGUUGAAUGUUCUAAAUUAUAUGGAUCAGAAGUAUCAUUGAACCUACAUAUAAAACUUAAGCAUAAUGGAGGAAAUAAAACUGAAAGAGAAAGAUUAGCUGUUAUUUUUUUUAUAUAUAUUUAUGCAUUUAAAUAUUUUAAUAAUUUAGCUUUCAAUAUGCAUGGCUUAAGAAUAAGGAAAAUCAACACCAUAUUAAAAUUUGAAUUUUCCUCCUGGAUAUUUACAAGUAUUUUUUUUAUUAUAAGUGUUUUAUAAAUUUAUUUUAUUUAAGUAUUUUAAAGAAUAAUAUGA